AUGGAGAUAGAGGUGGCAAGUGGUAGUGCAAGUGGUAGUGGUAGUGCUAGUGUUAGUAAUGAUGGUGGUGGUGGUGGAAAUGAUCUUGAGAAAGGGGUGCAAUAUUUGCACGGCGGCGAAAAGGGUGUGGCGUACUUGGUGUGGGAAGAUCUGACGGUGGUACUUCCAAACUUCGGGCAUGGACCAACCAAGCGUUUGCUUCAUGGUCUCAGUGGGUAUGCUGUUCCUGGCAGAAUCAUGGCUAUCAUGGGUCCUUCUGGUUCUGGCAAAUCAACCCUUCUUGAUUCCUUAGCAGGUAGACUAUCAAGGAAUGUUGUGAUGACUGGAAAUGUCCUUCUUAACGGGAAGAAGAGAAGGCUGGAAUAUGGGGUCGCCGCUUAUGUCACACAAGAGGAUGUAUUGUUGGGAACCCUUACAGUUAGAGAAACUAUCACUUACUCAGCCCAUUUAAGGCUUCCAACUGCUAUGACCAGAGAAGAGAUAAAUGGAGUUGUAGAAGGAACAAUCACAGAAAUGGGUCUUCAAGAUUGUGCGGACCGGAUGAUAGGAAACUGGCAUUUAAGAGGUGUAAGUGGUGGCGAGAAGAAGAGACUAAGCAUUGCACUUGAAAUCCUUGUGCGACCACGUCUACUGUUUCUCGAUGAACCCACUAGUGGCCUUGAUAGUGCCGCGGCCUUCUCAGUAAUUCAAACUCUCAAAAAUGUUUCUCGUGAUGGAAGAACGGUUAUCUCUUCUAUUCAUCAGCCUAGUAGUGAAGUUUUCACAUUGUUUGAUGACCUCUUUCUACUAUCUGGGGGUGAACCUGUUUACUUUGGAGAAGCAAAGACUGCUGUAAAGUUCUUUGCUGAAGCAGGAUUUCCAUGUCCGAGUAGAAGAAAUCCUUCUGAUCAUUUCCUACGAUGUAUUAAUUCCGACUUCGACAUUGUAACUGCCACGUUGAGAGGAUCGCAAAGACUUCGUGAGACCACACAGAAAGCAUCAGAUCCUUUUAUGAAUUUGACAACUACAGAGAUCAAAUCAAUGCUUGUUGAGAAAUACAAGCGCUCGGAGUAUGCAUUGAAAGCUAGAUUAAGGAUCCGAGAAAUCUCAACCAUUCAAGGACCUGAGAUUGAAACAAGAAGUGGAAGCCAAGCAGACUGGUGGAAGCAACUUUCAACGUUGACACGAAGAUCUUUUGUGAACAUGUCCAGAGAUGUGGGAUACUACUGGUCACGAAUAGUGAUAUAUAUCCUUGUCUCUCUAUGUGUAGGCACUUUGUUUUAUGAUGUUGGCACCAGUUAUAGUGCAAUCUUGGCUCGGGGAGCUUGCGGUGGGUUUGUGACAGGUUUUAUGACUUUCAUGUCCAUUGGAGGUUUUCCAUCCUUCAUUGAAGAUAUGAAGGUUUUCUAUCGAGAAAGGCUCAAUGGACACUAUGGAGUUGCAGUGUUCAUCCUGUCAAACUUCUUCUCCUCCUUCCCUUUCUUGGUCUCGGUAUCUUUAGUUACAGGGACUAUUACUUAUUGGAUGGUGAAAUUUCGGCCUGGAUUUUCUCAUUACACAUAUUUCUGUCUUAAUCUUUUUGGAUGUAUUGCUGUUGUCGAGAGCUGCAUGAUGAUUGUAGCUUCAUUGGUUCCCAACUUCUUGAUGGGAAUCAUAGCUGGGGCUGGAGUUCUUGGGAUCAUGAUGAUGACCGCGGGGUUCUUCCGCUUGCUGCCUGAUCUUCCCAAGGCAGUGUGGCGUUAUCCGGUUUCAUACAUAAGUUAUGGGGCAUGGUCGCUACAGGGAGCAUACAAGAAUGACAUGCUUGGCCUUGUCUUCGACCCUCUAGUGCCCGGUGACCCUAAACUGACAGGCGAGGAUGUCAUAAAAAAUCUGUUCAGGUUGUCGCUGGAUCAUUCCAAAUGGUGGGACUUGUUUGCUGUAUAUGUCAUUCUUAUAUCUUACAGACUUAUCUUCUUCAUUAUUCUCAAGUUAAAAGAGAAAGCCUCGCCUUUUUUCCGGUCACUUUAUGCCAAAAGAACUCUUUAUUAUCUCAGUAAGCGACCUUCGUUCAAGAAGAAGCCAUCUUUUCCUUCCAAGAUGCACCAUAAUCUCCAUCCAUUGUCUUCUCAAGAGGGUCUUUGCUCUCCAAGCACUUAGAAGCCUCGUCAAAAUAAUACUGGGAAUUAUAAUCUCCGGUUGGUUGUAUUACAGUCUUGCUCUGUUGAUGAAUAUAAUGACAAUUCUAUGAUUUAUACACGACAAAUGAUCUUUGUAACCUAUACAUUUUCCCGUUACUUCAUUUGAUGCAGCAUCAUUGGUUUUGUGCUGUAAUUUGAAGAUGUAAUGCAUGCAAAAAGUAUGCCAUUAUAGAAAAAUAAAACGUAAAUAUAUAUUCUGUUGGACUCUUAUGUACAAGACAU